CUUACUGCAAGAGGAAAUCCUUCUCUCUCUCUCUCUCUCUCUCUCUCUCUGAACUAUCGCUUUUUAGGCCUUCGUUCGAACAGGUCCAUUUCAUUUCCGGCGGCUCUUCGCCGCGAAAAAGAGGAAUCGCCACCUCCUCCUUCCCUUCCUCCUCCGACGAUCUCUGACACACUCGACCUGGCACGAACUCUCACCUUUGACCUCACUGCUUCAGCCAAAGCUCCACGAGAGCAACCCGCAACAAUAACGCCUUGGCUUGCAUGAUCACGAGGGCCUCCUCUCCUCGCAUCGAACCGUCGCGCCAACAUCGGAAAAAGGACGCGGCGUCACGCCGCCACGACGCCGAGAGAGAGGACCAAGCGGAAAGCGAUGAAUCGCUCGCCCCACGAGGCGCUGUAGGGGAGAGCCUCGGGUGACCGAUCUUAGUGAUUGGUGACGGCGGCGUCGAGGCGGAGGCGGAGGCGGAGGCGGUGAGGAGACGCGAGCGAUGGGGAGGAUAGGGGUGGGGGCGAUGGCGGUGGUGGGGUUGGUGGCGGUGGCGGCGGUCGCGGUGGCGGGGGUGGCGGUGGGCAGGAGUGUGAGGAGCAGGAGGAGGUGGAGGAGGGUUUUGGGCGUGUUGAGGGAGCUCGAGGAUGCGUGCGAGACGCCGGUGGGGAGGCUGAGGCAGGUGGUGGAUGCUAUGGCCGUUGAGAUGCACGCGGGUUUGGCCUCCGAGGGUGGCUCGAAGCUCAAGAUGUUGCUCACUUUCGUCGAUACUCUCCCCAAUGGGAAUGAAAAAGGAAUUUAUUAUGCACUUGAUCUUGGAGGCACCAAUUUUAGGGUUCUCCAGGUUCAGCUGGAAGGCAGAAGGUCCUCAAUCUUCCCUCCUGAGGUGGAACAACAACCCAUUCCCCAACAUUUGAUGACCAGUACGAGAGAGGAUCUUUUUGACUUUAUAGCCGCUUCACUGAAGGAGUUUGUUGAGAGAAAAGAAGUCAGCUUUGGAUAUUCACCAGAAAAAAGAAGGGAACUUGGAUUCACAGUCUCAUUUCCUGUGAAGCAAACUUCUGUUUCAUCCGGGAUUUUAAUCAGAUGGACAAAGGGAUUUGCUAUUCACGACAUGGUUGGAAAAGAUAUUGCUGAAAGUUUGCAACUAGCAUUGGCGAGGAAUGGCCUAAAUAUGCGAGUUGUAGCAUUGGUAAAUGACACCGUUGGAACACUAGCUCUCGGACAUUAUCAUGAUCCGGACACGGUUGCUGCAGUAAUCAUUGGAACGGGUACAAAUGCCUGCUAUGUUGAGCGAACAGAUGCUAUUAUUAAAUGCCAGGGUCUUGUUACAACUUCUGGGUUAAUGGUACGCUUCAAAUUUACCGUUGUGAACAUGGAAUGGGGAAGUUUCUGGUCUUCCCAUUUACCAAGAACUUCUUAUGAUAUUGAUUUAGAUGCUGAGAGUCCCAACCCCAACGAACAGGGUUUUGAAAAAAUGAUAUCUGGAAUGUAUCUGGGAGAAAUUGUGAGGAGAGUGAUCCUCAGGAUGUCCCAAGAGUCUGAUAUUUUCGGUGCCUCUUUGUCAAAUUUGUCAAUUCCAUUCAUUUUGAGAACUCCAUUAAUGGCUGCUAUGCACGAAGAUAACUCCCCAGAUUUGAGAGAAGUAGAUGAAAAAUGGAGAGAGAUGCUGGAAGUUCCGGAAGUCCCUAAAAAAGCACGGAAGGUGAUUGUGAAGGUAUGCGACAUAGUGACCCGCAGAGCCGCCCGCUUGGCUGCUGCUGGUAUCGUGGGGAUCUUGAAGAAAAUAGGUCGGGACGGUGGAAGCAUCACCGGCGGAAGAAGUAGAGGAGACGCCCGGAUGAGAAGAUCGGUUGUGGCGAUAGAAGGUGGUUUGUACACCAGCUACACCAUGUUCAGAGAAUAUCUGCUUGAAGCCUUGAGAGAGAUUCUGGGGGAAGACGAUGCACGACAUGUCAUUCUUAAAGUCACUGAAGACGGUUCGGGCCUCGGAGCGGCCCUCCUCGCGGCGGCCUCGCAUUCGUCGACACCACCACCCAACACUGUGGAUAGCGUACAGAUGCCUUAGAACAACAUCACAGUUUGUUUAUAUUACAGGCCUUGUAAAUUCAGUGUCAUGCCAUCUUCCAUUUCGUGAAUUUUUAGGUAAAUUCUGUUCAUAUUACCAUAUGUUCAUUGGAUUGGCUUUGUCUUGUUGUAUACUAUUGGUCCAAUUUUGAGUUUUGAAUGAAAUUUUUUUAUUUAUCAA